UUUUGUUUUUGCUGAAUCAGAGAUUCUCUCCACCCCUUUCAAGUCAAAGAAGGAAGGGUAGAGAGGAAAAUUAAAAAAAAAAAAGGAAAAGUGGGUAUGAAAUGAGAUGAGAUGAGAGAGGAAGAGCCUCAGCUUAUGGCAUAUAUUCCGCCAACAUAUCCCCAUUUAUGCUUCCUUAUAUGGUAGUGAGAUCAUACAGCAUCUCAACUACUACCAAUUUAUAAGGAGAACUACAGUCUAUAGCUCAAAGCAUCUAAAGUAUAUUUAUGUUUCAGUAACACUACCACAAAAAGCAAAAUGGAUCUGCAAAAUGUGCAAAAUCAAAACAUGCGUUUGGUUCUGUCUACUGAUGCAAAGCCUAGGCUGAAAUGGACUCCUGAGCUUCACCAACGCUUCACAGAGGCUAUUAAUCAACUUGGAGGUGCAGAAAAGGCAACUCCUAAGAGCCUUAUGAGAGUGAUGGGAAUUCCAGGACUAACAUUGUACCAUCUCAAGAGCCAUUUACAGAAAUAUAGGCUUGGGAAAAACUCACCGCUAGAAACCUCUACUGACAACAAGCAACAAGGUUUCAGUGAAAUCCAGAGUAGUGAUGUUCGUUGCAGCAGGGAAAUCAGUAUUAGAACCCAGAAUCAGAUGAAUGAAAGCUUGAAGAUUGCUGAGGCUCUCCAAAUGCAGAUGGAAGUACAGAGGAAACUUUAUGAACAAAUUGAGGUCCAAAGACAUUUGCAGCUUCGAAUUGAGGCUCAAGGGAAGUACUUACAAUCAGUUCUAUCAAAGGCACAUGAAACACUUGCAACAUACGAUUCUUCCACAACGGGCAUAGAAGUUGCAAAAUCUGAACUUUCUCAGUUAGUGUCAAUAAUCAACAAUGCGUGUCCGACCUCUCCCAUUUCAGAACUUACAGAAACAAGAGGGCUGAGUCUGAACUGUGGAGAGAUGAAACAAGAAAGAGGAACCAUGUGUUCACUUGAAAGUUCUUUAACAUCAUCUGAAAGCUCUGGGAGAACAGAAGUAAGACAACCACUAGAUGAGGCAGAGAAGCCUCAAAAGACUAAUGAUAUUUCAGUUGAAUUGCCAUUGAUGGAGAUUCACCCAGAAGGUACAGCAUUCAAGGGAUAUACAAGUGAAGGGAGAAAGAGAAGUGCAGCAACCGAUUCCUAUGGUUGCUGUGUUGAUCAACCUUGUGAGAAAAAAUGUGGCAACAAGUUGAGGAAAUGUGAACUGUCAGAUAUGCUUGAGUUGAACAGCCAAUAUCAGAGAGACAUUGACUCAAGUGUGAAAGAAAUAGAUUUAAAUUGCAGUUCAAGCUUUUGGGGACAAUAAAGAUGUUUCCAGUUGUAUUAAACAUAAGCAACAUAAAUCAUUCUCAGAAGAAAAUAUGUUUAUAGACUAUGUAUAUUUUUAUAAUGAAAAAAAAGAAAAAGGUAUAAUACUAUGUACCCACUAUUCUCUUAA